AUGCUCAGCAAUGCCUACCAUGUAACCAAGGGACUCCGGAGAGUCAGAAGGGAAGGCCGGUUCUUCCGUUUUCUAGUAUACCUUUUCAUAAAAGUGGAAACUCUUGUUAGCGACGUCUAUGGUGUCACUUCGGAUGCUCAAUUUCUCCAGACAUUACAGGACAACGUACGGAAGCGAGGAGCACCAUCCAAACUUGUGAGCGAUCGGGCUCAAGCACAAGUUUCCAAAGCAGUGAAAGACUACCUCCGUUGGCUAUGCAUCGAUGACUGGCAAAGCGAACCGCAUCGCCAGAACCAGAACCCAGCCGAACGAAGAUACCAAGAUGUUAAACGAUUAGCCAACAGGAUUCUGGACCGCACCGGAGCACCUCCUACUCUAUGGCUCCUAGCCCUUCGCUAUGCAUCUUUUGUCUACAACUAUACUGCUGUCAAGGGCCUUGGAUGGAUGACUCCAAUCCAAGCGCUGACCGGUAUCACCCCAGAUAUUAGUGUACUCCUUCGUUUCCACUUUUAUGAAAAGGUAUACUAUAAAACGGAAGAACCGGCCUUCCCUUCUGACUCUCCGGAGUCCCUUGGUUACAUGGUAGGCAUUGCUGAGCACGUUGGUCAUGCCAUGACCUACAAGAUCCUGAACCCAGAAACGAAUAAAAUAUUGUUUCGUUCGGAAAUCCGCUCUGCUUCAACUGACACUGAUCCCAACAAACGUCUUCAUACAUCUGAUGGGGAGGACUUGUCAGCCCCUACAAUAAUCAAAUCCAGAAACGACAAGACUAAAGUUCAAACCAUUGUUUAUUCCAGUGACGACGAAUCAGACUCUGAAGACGUUCUUGUGGAAAACAGUGAUCUCAUUGGUCGAACAUUCCUUCUUAAACCAGAUAAAGAAGGCUAUGUCAGACGUGCUGAGAUUGUUGAGCUUAUUGACAAGCAUGAGCACAACACGACCAACAAGCCUGAACAUAUUCGUUUUCGUGUGAGCAUUAACAAAGGUGAAUACGAUGAUAUCAUGGCAUACAACGAGAUCCUAGAGCGUUUGGAAGCCGAUCUGGAGAACCCGAUAGUUUGGAAGUUCAAGCGAAUCAUCUCCCAUCAGGGACCACUUCGACCUGACCAUCCAUCCUACAUGGGUUCGACCUACAACGUAACCAUUGAAUGGGAGAAUGGGGAGAUCACUCCCAAGCAUCAUUGGAGCCGAUGA